AAUCAGCUGGUGUUAUUUACGUUCUCGGUCGGGUAUCUCGUUUGCGGUGCUUCCGCGGUGUAGAUGUGUUUCUUCAUUCUGUGAUGGCAGGUCUUAGAUAAUGACUCUUCCCGCCAGCGCUGUAGUGAGCAUCGUGUUUUUUGCUAAAGCCCGCGAGUUGUCUGGUCUCUCGGAAGCCGAACUACGAGUUCCAGCCCAUAUUGCUGUGGAGGAGCUCCUGGCAAUUAUUUGCGAGAACUUCUCGUUGAACUCUAUCAGGAGUAGUUUGUUCUUGGCCUUGAACGAAGACUACUGCGUGGAUCCGGUUGUACAACUAAAGGACGGUGACGAAAUAGCAGUUAUUCCACCGAUUAGCGGCGGCUAGAAGGUAAACGGUUCGGGAUAUUGAGGUAGUUGGUA